AAACCAUCUCGGGGAACAUUUUUGGCAGAGGGACGAACUAGUUAAGUUGUGCGCGUCUUUGACUUUGUGCUUCCGGUUGUGCUCUUGCUUGAGUUUGUUUUUACACGAUGCUCCGCAGAAUUCCGGCAUUUAUACGUCCUCGCCCUCUCUCUGGCCUCCCUUUGUCCUGUGGACACUGCGAAGUCUCGGUCGCUGCGCUACCCGCGGCUCGGUCCGGAGCUGUCAGGACAGAACAUAAAAUCCAAAGACAUUUUUGCACUAGUAGAUCGAUCUGUAGCAAGAAAGAUGACCAGUCUGUUCCAGCCAAUGAAAUUUCCCAGAAGGCAGCAGAAAGCCAAGGCAAGGGAAAGGAGACUUUGAAAAAAGACCUGCUGGACAUUAUUAAGGACAUGAAAGUUGACCUGAACACAGUAAAUGUAACAACAACAAAGCCACGUGGCAGGAAACUUUCUGCCAGUCUGGAGACUACUGUUGGCAGGCUUCAGAAAGCUCCGGAAGAUCCUCCAAAGAAGAGAAGUGGGUUCCUGAGUCCUGAGUUGGUGGCAGCAGCGUCAGCUGUUGCAGAUUCUCUACCUUUCGACAAGCAGACAACCAAGUCAGAGCUGCUCAGGCAGCUGCAGCAACACGAGGAGAAGUCGAGGGCUCAGAAGGAUAGAGAGAAGCACGGGAUCAGCUUCACUGACAUAAUAUCAAAUAUGAAAAUUGCCAAGUCUGCUUCGGUGAGAGCUAGUACAAGACCACUGCACCAGAUUGAGUUUGACGAAGAAAUGGACAAUUCUCUUGACCAGAAGAAGUCAGCUAAUUCUAGAGGAAGGGGAAAUUUAUUCAAGGGGAGAAGACUUUGGAUUUUUGAUGUUGAGACGUUUGCUGAUGCAGCACCUGAACCAGAAGCAUCCCCUUCUCUCUGGGAGAUAGAAUUUGCUAAGCAGUUAGCCUCGGUAGCUGAACAGCCCUUCGCGAAUGGAUUUGAGGAGAUGAUACAGUGGACCAAGGAGGGGAAGCUGUGGGAGUUCCCAGUCAACAAUGAAGCAGGCUUUGAUGAUGAUGGCUCAGAAUUCCACGAGCACAUAUUUUUGGAUAAGUACCUGGAGGAUUUCCCCAAGCAAGGACCAAUCCGCCUAUUCAUGGAGCUGGUGACCUGUGGCCUUUCUAAAAACCCAUAUCUGAGUGUUAAACAAAAGGUCGAGCACAUAGAGUGGUUUAGAAACUAUUUUAAUGAAAAAAGAGAUAUUCUCAAAGAGAAUAACAUAACGUUCACUUAACAUCAUGAAGAAAAAAUUUUAUUUAAACUGAAUAGAAAUUUUAUCAAAAUUUUCCUGUGUUGAUCAUUGUACCUGAUGUGACUAUCAUAACUGUGAAGUUACUUUUAACCUGAAAUACAUUCUUAUUAUCUAUCUGAGAAUCAAGGAGACAUCGAAGACAAUUCUCACUCUUUUCAUUGGGUGACUAUGCUUCUUGGAGGUAUGUAAUUGUUAGUGGUAAAGCUGAUUGACAUCAAAAUCCUUGUGUAAUCAGUUUAUUUUAACUAUAACAAAAUACCAGACUCAG